AUGCUGUGGCUAUAUUUCCUGAACCCACUCAUUUUUAUGAGUGUUAGCAUGGCUCUUACAGAUGCUUUUGCGGCUUUCCAUCCCACAACCAACCGUUUCAACCUCUACAAGUCAGGAGCCAAUCCUCAUUAUAGCUCUGGCAAACCUACUGCUAGACACAAAAACCACUGUGCGUAUGUAGUGGAAAAGAGUGUUUCCUACACUGUUCAUGAUGGUACAGCUCCUUAUGUGAAAGCGGAGUACAAAAAAUGUGGCUGGGGGAAGAAGUGUCCAGGACUUAGGUACCGUAUGCUCUACAAGCCAAUGUUUAAAGUGGCAUACAAGACAAUAACUGAGUUAGAGUGGCGCUGUUGUCCUGGAUUCACUGGUGUUGGUUGUAACAUGGGACCAACUGCUUAUGGAAUGAAAGCAAUGCCCCCUUUCAAGGGUCAUGUGCCAUCCUACAAAGGUCCUAUGCCAUCUCAUAAAGGUCUGCAGCCAUCCAGUAAAGGUCCCCAAUCUUCAUACAAAGGCCCUGUGUCACGUUUCAAGGGCCCAAUGCCUCCCAUCAAAGGACAAAUGCCCCCUUUUAAUGACCCGGUGAAUGCUUAUGAAGAGAGAGUGCCUUUCCACAAAGGACCAGUGCCUCGUUUUCACGGUCCAAUGUCCCAACCCAACUAUUACAGAAACCACUGGAAUCAACCAUUGUCACCCUCUAACAUAAUAAAUGAAUAUCCUGGCCCUAAUGCUGCACCUUCUUAUCCAGAAACGUCAUUUGAGUCUUAUCAAGAGCCGGAAACAGGUCAUCCAGAUACAGUGCUGGAACAACACAACCCUCUGACUAAUAAUCAAGAUUCUGUACAUGAUCCCAUUCCAGAUGAUCACAAACCAAUUACAAACUACCAGGAUCCUACACCAGAUCUCCGACAGUCAAUUCCACAACCAGAGACAAAGCCAUUUCCUGUAACACAUGCAUCUUCAGGUGACAGUGAGCUACAUCAGGCUGUUGAAGAGAACAGUGUCAAUGUUGAUUGUUUAAAUCGGAUGGAAGAGGAUGUGCAACGACUUUCACUUGGUCUUGAGACACUUCGUGCUAAAGUGACCGGAUUAGAAGACCACCUACGUACCUCACUCCGGGAAGAUGCAAACCGCAUGCUCUCUACACUUCUGUCUGCAGCUCCAGCCCCCAUUGCUGUUGCAUCUCAGGACAUGACUGUUGGUUUUGGAGACCUGCCUGGAGGAGCACCACAUAUAGAGGGCUCAGAUGCCAUAGUUAGUUUCCCAAACCUGGGUGAUUUGGCUGAAAAGAUUGCAGAGCUAAGUGCGGAGGUACUGGCUAAGAGCACAGAUCUUGUAGAAUUAAAAAAGACAGUACUGGACCAUGAUGGGGCCCUGCAGAGGCUGUCUGCUGGGGCAGGAAACCUCACAGAUUCUCAACAGGACCUGGAGACACUGUUGGAGACCAAACUUAGUAAGGCAGGAGCAGCUGUCUUUGAAGAGUUUCACAAGCGUGUGGAGACUGCAGAGCAGCGUUUUGAAGAUCAGGUGAAGGAGGUGCAUCUCCAGUGCAAGAAACAGGUAAUGGAAGGACAGGAACAGAUGGAGCAGGUCAUAAAUAGUAGUGUGACAGUCUUGAAAAUGGAGCUUGCAAACCUUGAGCUCCAAGGGCUAGAACCAGAAAAUGUUUGCUGCACAGCAAUAUCUGGCAUGACUGAAAGGGUGGUUUUUCUAGAGCAGUCAAUGGAUGGAUUGAACCAGUCCCAAGGGUACCUUCAAGCUGAGCUAGGUGGCCACAAGGACCAUGUAGAGGGCAUGAUUGAAGGUAGACUGGCCUAUGUAGAGUCACUUCUUAGUACACCAGAGAAGCAACAAGGAAGUGUUGGUGGAAGAACAACUGGUAUCCUAGAGGACUGCUUGGAGGAAAAGAUGAAGGAGCUUGAAAUUCGCUUGUUUGCUGCUAUGGAGGAACUAGGUAAUGCUACUUCUUCAAGUGUGGUCGAAGGUCAGACAAUGCCCACAUUAGACACAGAAGUCAAGUCCCUCAAAAAGAGGGUAGAUGUAGAUCUUGGCUUCAUUCAGAAGCAGCUUAACGCCCUUGAACUUAUAUGCACUUCCUCUUGUGCUCCACAACCAGUCCUUACAGGAUUUACUGCUCCACAGAAAACAAUGGAAGAGAAUGAUAAGCAAAUACAUGAAAACCUUAAUGGACAGCUCAUUGCCCAGACAGAAAGACUAGACAAUCUGAAUACCACUCUAAAUUCAUUGCUCAUGCAGAUGACUAAGAGACAAGAAGAGAAGGAGCUUCAAGGUGAGGUAACCAUACUGAAGGUGACCAUGCACUCUGUAAAUCACACUCUUAAUGGACUAAAAGACUCAUUUGGGAAGGUGGUUAAUGAAGUUGGACAAGCUAAUUUUACCUGGCAAGAGCGAGAGGAGAGGCUAGCACAGCAGGUUAAAGGUGUGGUGCACUUGGUUGGACGACAGGCCUCUAUGUUGGGUGCUGGGGAGAGAAGACUGAAUCGUCUAAAGGGUGAGUUACAGGAUCUACGGCACAGGCUGGCUUCAGAACUUCAGACCUGCCGUUCAACUGCUCUGGGAGUCCAGAAAGAGGUAACUGAUGUAGGGGGACGUGUGGCCCGUGUAGAAGGUCAGUGUGGUGGCUUGUCACGGCUGUCUGAAGACUUGGAGCUGAUCCGAGGAGAGCUGGAGAAGCAUUCAGAUGGAUAUUUUUCCCAGGUCAACAGCACCCUUGUGAAUCAUUCCCUACAGCUGUCUGAACUAAGAGAUGGACUGAAAAACUGUACUAAGGUCUCUGGGUCAACUGAGGAUCACUUCAUGACAGUAUCUCCACUAUGGGAACACACUGCUGAACCACCUAAACCUAGAGGAGACCAGUUUUUAGAUCCCUCUAAGGUGUAAUGUGUCCUCAGGGAAGUUCCAUAAUAUGGGGAAAUAUAUUUAAAGACUACA